AACGCACAAGCUCUCAUCUUUCAAUCUUCAAACUACUCUUUCUUCUUCAAGGAAUGGCAUCUCAGAUCAUCGACAACUACCGUGAAGGUGCUGAGAUUUACAAAGGAGAUGAGCUUUGCAAGAAGAAGUCCAUCGAGUUGCUGGAGGAGCUCUGCCUCCCAAAAGGUCUCUUCCCAUUGGAAGACAUAGAGGAGUUUGGCUAUAACCGUGAGGCUGGCUUCAUAUGGUUGAUACAGAAGAAGAAGAAUGAUCAUGUCUUCAAGCAGAUAAAGAGGGCGGUGUCUUAUGCGCCAGAGGUGACGGCCUUCGUGGAGAAGUAUAAGCUGAAGAAGAUGACCGGCGUGAAGACCAAGGAGCUAUUGCUAUGGCUCUCCGUCGUUGAAGUCUAUUUUGAGAAGCCAACAUCUGAGAAGCUCACUUUCAAAACUGGCACUGGACUCUCUGAUAGCUUUGUGGCUUCUGCUUUUGAGCUGUAAGAGAAGAUGGAGAGGUCAACACAUAGGAGUUAUUUGAGCUAUGAAUUUUUAUUGCCUUUUGAGAUACUUGUUCUAUUAUAAGUGAUGAUGUUUUCAGUAUGUUUAUGUGAUUGUAAUAUUGUGCUUCUUAAUGGAAAUACAACUUUCUCAGUUA